CACGAAGGGACGAUCAUUGCCCUUCUGUCCCUUUUUCAAGGCAUGUGCGUCAUGCUUUAGCAGCAGUGAUGACGACAUGACUUAGAUAGCUAGCUCAGCAGGAUGUACUCGAACGGAGUCCCUCCGCGGAGAAAGGAGAGGAAGGUGCAAGUGGUCUUUCCGCACCCGGAUGUUGAAAAGCACUGCGCUGGCGUGGAGUCGCUGCUCCUUCCCUCCGUACCCAACCAUAAACUCUUGUUCACAGCAUCUCGCGACUCCACCGUCCGGAGAUGGGACGUGGCGGGUCCGGAGCCGGUGCUGGAGGCGGUGUUUGCUGGCCACGCCGACUGGGUGAAUGACCUGGCGCUCAUUGGGGACCUGCUCAUCACCUGUAGCAAUGACCAGACCGUGCGGCUGUGGAAGGCCGGCAGCGACAACGGCCAGCACCUGCACACGCUGUCGUACCACUCGGACUACGUCACCUGCCUGGCGGCCGCGCCGGCGCGCAGCCUGGUGGUGUCGGCGGGACUGCGGGCCGAGAUAUUCCUGCUCAACAUAGAGACGGGCAAGCACUCGCAACUCUACCCGGGCUCCUCCUCAACCACCGGCAGCGGCGGCGGCGGCGGCGGACACAGCGAAGACGGCCACGGCGGCGCCGGCGCCGCCUCCGCCACCAGCCCCACCGCCAGCGUCUCCCCGCAUGGCGGCGGCGGCGGCGGCGGCGGCUGCUUCAGCCCACACGCGGCCGGACCGGGUCACUUGGGUGGUUUGGGCGGCAACACGCCGGUCGGCGGGCACGGCGCCGGCGGCGGCUUGGGCGGGAUGGGCGCGGGCGGCGGGGGCGGGGGCGGUGGGGAGAAGGACCAACCCGGCAGUGUGUAUGCGCUGGCGCUGAAUCCGGCCGGCACGCUGAUUGCCGCGGGCACCAGCGAGGCGCUGGUGCGGCUGCUGGACCCGCGCACAGGCAGGAAGAUCACAAAGCUGAGGGGGCACCAGGACACUGUGCGGGCGCUGCUGGUGAACGCCGACGGCAGCACCAUCAUCAGCGGCGCCAGCGACGGCACCAUCAAGCUGUGGGACGUGGGCAUGCAGCGCUGCGUGCAGACCUAUAACCUACACAGCGACAGUGUGUGGUCGCUGCUGUCCCCCGACGACUCCUUCGCCACCAUCUACAGCGCCGGAAGGGACGGGGCGCUGUACCGCACACGCACACAGCACCGCACCUCUGAGUUGUUGGCUGUGGAGGACCGGCCCGUUACCGCCCUGGCGCUGGACCCGGAGGGGGAGCCGCUGGGCCCCGGCGGUGUGCCCAGUGUGGCGGUGUGGACCUCCACGCCCGCCUCCUCCGUGCACAAGUGGCUGGUGCCGCGCGACCCGGGCUCGGCGGCGGCGGCGGGCGGCGACGGCGGGCGCAGCUUCUCGGUGUCCUCCCGCACGCACGGCCUGAGCUCCCACAUGCGCAACCGCAUGUCCCUGGAGGCCAACCGCCAGCCACUGGUGCGCAGCCCCGCAGCGGUCAUUGCCGGAGUGCCAGCGCUGGAGGCUCACGAGGUGCUGGCGGACCGGCGCCACGUGCUCACACGCGACAGCCGCGGCCACGUGGAGCUGUGGGACGUGCUCACCGGGGCCAAGGUCCAGUCGUACGGCAAGGUGGACAUGGACGCCAAGCGUCGCGAGCUGUGGGAGGCGCGCUCCGUGCCCGCCUGGUUCUCCGCCGACACGCGGCUGGGCUGCCUGUGCAUCAGCCUGGAGCCGGGCAGCGCCUUCGCGGCGGAGGAGUACGCGCAGCAGCUCGAGUACAGCGGCGUGCCGGACGACUGCAAGGUCAACUACGGCAAGCUGGUCCUGGACUGCGUUUUCGCCAAGUGGAGGUACAAGCUGGCGGCGGGCAUGUCUGCCGGCGCGCCGCCCCCGCCGCCACCGGGCCACCUGUUCCCGCUGCCCGGCCCCGACGGCUCCCUGCCGCCGCCGGCCCCCGGCACCUCCGCCUACUACCCCGACAUAUGGCCCAAGUACUGGCAGGUCGGGGCGUUGCCCGCGGUCAUGUGCUCGCGGCACGACGGCCAGCGCUGGCGGCGGCUGAUCAACGCCUUUGACGGCGGAGAGGCGGAGCCGGGCGAGGUGCCCACGUGGGUGGGUGACGUGGUGCUUCGCGGCGCCAAUGUGACGCCCAAGGAAGCCAAGUGCGCCUUCGUGCUACUGCCCAUGGAGGGCUCCAACCUGCCAAGCCUCAUGCAGUCCAAACUCAACGCGCCGCGCAUCCUGCAGGUGCACAAAGUGGCGCACUACUGCUGCAGCAAGUUGCAGGAGUUGAACAUCGCGCUGGAGGUGCGCCCCAUCUACCUGCGCCGCCCGCCGGCCGCCGCGCCCGACCUUGCGGACGAGCCGGGUGUGCCGCCGCGGCCGGUGCUGGAGCUGACAUGCAACGGCGUGCUGGUGCCAUUUGAGAUGAGUCUGGCCACCGUGAAGAAGUUCAUUUGGAAGAAGAGCGACGACCUCAUCUUCAACUACAAGAUUCGGGACCCGGCGCACCCCGCGCCCAUGCCCCAGCUCGCACCCAGCAGCUGAGGCGGCUGUGUCUCGUUGCUCGCGCAGCCGGGGUGUUGCAACUGCCGAAAUGGUGGCAGAGCGCUCUUUCCGGGGCCGCCACCUGUAAGGACCGGCAAUGAUUGCCUUCUCAGUCAUUUCGUAGUAUGCCUUGGACGCGGCUUUAUGAACUUGUGUACGGCGCGCAGCAGGAGCGGCACAUUUUCUGAAGUGUUGCAACCGCGGGAAGGUGGUUGGAAUGCGCGGUGCUAGAGAGCCGCGUCAGGGCCUUGGAGCCUUUGAGGCGCUGGCACUGCUCAUGAUUCUAGGUGCAGCAGUGGGUGUGCUCAGAAGCCUUGCCUGCACUGUUGCCGGCGGGUUUAAGGGGACAUUGAUUGGUUUGCGUGCUGAGCGGAAUGCCGGCAUCAGCAGGGCCACGUGCCCCACCGGGGCGCAACAGAUGUGCCGUAGCAUCAAGAGCACCCACAAGGGCUGGCAGCUGCUGCGUUUGUCCGCACUGCGUGAAGGUGACGACUGCUGGAUGGUUGCGCGGUGCUGCUUGCUGCUGGAGGCUAUUACUGCAGCUGGGUUGGUGUUCGGAGGAUUUGCUUCUGGCACGUGGAGUCGCUGCGGGAACGUUGCUUGGCGGUGCGAGCUGCUGCGUGCGCUGUGCUGUGCUGCCCGUGAGGGUAUCAUGUAUGGCAGUAGUCAGGCGAUAGCGCAAGAUAUACACUGAUAUACCGGUAGGUACGAGCGCAAGUGAGUCUUGCGCUGGCACUACUACUGGCACGCACAGGCAGGCGCAGGAUGCCUGUUGCCUCUAUCUCGGCGGGUGGAUGCGGCGUUAUGCCUGCUGCUGCGUCUGGAACGUGACUACGGUAUGGAUACGUUGCCAGCGUUAGUUUUAGCUGCGGUGUAGUGGUGCCAAAGCAUUGAGAGCAGGCUGUGCAAGAGGGGCGGGGCGCUGGUGGGGCGGGCCCGCACCUUGAGCGGGACGGUAAUGCCAAGCUUGCAGAAGAUGUAUGGCAGAGUCGCGGAAAUGUUAACGUUGCUUAUUAGGUGUGCGAUUCGUGCUCGAGCCUUGGUUCUGUCGCACCUAUCUUGUCGCAUCACGGGGUCGUGGCGCCAAUCAACCAAAGCAACCUCCCACAGAGAUCGACAUAGUCCCGUGUAAGAAACUAUCUGCUCA